AUGUACAGAAAUUCGGCGCAGCUGAAAUGCAUUAAAAGCAUUGUGCCCAACGCCCUCCCUUCGCCCGACAAUACUAGUGAUUCGGACUCGGAAAUCCUCGAUGCCCUCGACCAGAAGAGAAGGCAGUUGGACGAGGAGGUGGCCAGGUUCAAGGCUGCUAAGGAUCGGGAGUUUCGUGAGUUUGAGAAGCAGCUCUGGGUCAACAAGAAGAGGUCGCGUGCGGGUGCCAACAGUGCUUCCCAGGGCACGCCCACCAAGCCUUCAUCGGCCCCUUCAGCGGCGACAUCUGCCUUGAGUCUGUUGGCUUCGACCCGGAAUGGUGCGGUAAAUGGCUGGCCGGGCUACAAAACGAGAAGAGACGGAGCAGGAGGUGACAAGGUGGUCAGAAAGCCGCCACCGCUGAGCGGGCCGACUCUGUCUUUGGAGAAACUGAACAUUGCGGGCGAGACCACUCCCCCUUUGCAUACGCUGGGGACACCGCCUACGCCCACGAUCCUGGCUCGGACAAGGCCCCGUUCUCCCACAAUUGCUCCGACAACGCCGCCGCCCGCACAGUCAAAGGGUGAUCCUCCGGCCGUGUCCACUCCUACACCUUCAAAAGACCGAUCUGACCCCUUUGCCGGUGUCUUCACACCCAUGUACUUGCCCCUUCUAGAGUCGCGCGAUCGUAAGCCGAUUGUGCGGAGUCCACAGCCCUUGUCUGCCGAGGAAGAGGAAGCGAAACGACUACAGUUGGACGCGGAAUCCAAGGAACGCGCGGACCAAGUAUUGGAAAAGCAGGCCCGAUCGUCCCAAUCACUACCACCACAGCCGGUCUCGCCAACAGUCGUCGCGACCAAGCGCACUCAGUCAACGUCCGUCCUGCCUAGUGCAAGUCUCCCCAGUGCUCUACGGAGCGCCAGUGGCGGAGGCAGGAGGAGGAAGCAUGUCAUGUUCCAGCUGGCGGAUCUCAAAGUUGUCGAUCCGAGUAGCAGUUACGAAGAAGGCCCGAGCCCGGAGCUGGAGGCCGAGAAGGAUGUGAGUUCAGAAGCACAACAGGAGUCACUUGGGGUUGGACAACAUAUUGAGGAAGUCAACGGUGGGAGGGAUAGGGGGAGUCCGGGACUCCUAGGCGCAAAAGAGAGACGUCGAGGAAGGGGACCAAGGGGCCGCUUCAUCUCGCCUAUCCCGUCCCCACUGGCAAGUCCUAACCCAAGCCCAUCACCAUCUCCGGCGCUGAACGGAAGCCCACCCUCGUCGUCGCCCUUGCAGUCCCCACGCUUGAUCUCUUCGCCCGACGAGUCCGGGUUUUCCGGCGGGCUCGUUGGCGCCGUGGAUGGAGGUAGUGGCGUCGGAUUCUUUGAGCUCGACGAAGAGCUCGCGAGUCCGGCGCUGCGAGAGGGUCGACCGGCAGAGUCGUUUGACCUCGAGAUUGAGGAGGAGAUCAGUGAGAAGAUUGGCCGAGAUUCCGUGGAAGUCCGCGAGCAGGGAUUGGGCAUCAUCCCUUCGGUCCAGGUGGGGAGCGUCCCCAUCGAUAUUGUGAGGCCCAGCGGGAGCUGGGUCGGCAGCUUUGGGCAUUGA